AUGAUUAAAAUAAAAUAUUGCACGGAUAUAGAUCGUUCUGUGUUACUGAGUAACUUCGAAAAACGUGGAUGGGUACAUGUAGGCCCUGAAGACGAUUGGCAUUUCUAUUGGACUAGUUUACAAACUUGUCGUUGUUUGUUUAAUGCUGACAAAAAUUAUAGAUUGAAAGACGAUCAGAUAAUAAAUCAUUUCCCAAAUCACUAUGAACUCGGCCGAAAAGAUUUACUUAUAAGAAAUAUCAGACGUUAUCGCCGUGAAUUGCUAAAAAGUGGCAAUUCUAUUGCAGAAUGCGUCCGUGGUACAUUUUUGUACUUGGAUUUUAUUCCUUCAACUUACGUACUACCCGUUGAUUAUAAUUUAUUCUUGGAAGAAUAUCGCAAAAAUCCAAGUACUUGGAUUGUGAAACCAAGUGGUAAAUCCCGAGGCUCAGGGAUAUUUCUAAUAGACAAAUUGUCUCAAUUAAAGAAAUGGUCCAAGGAAAAAAAAUAUCGUAAAAAUGCAUCAACUAAAAAAGAAACUUAUAUAAUAUCUAGAUACAUCGAAAACCCUUUGUUGAUAAGUGGAAAAAAGUUCGAUUUACGUCUUUAUGUUUUGGUUACUUCAUUUCAUCCAUUAAAAGCCUAUUUGUUUAAAUUUGGGUUUUGUCGUUUCUGUAGUGUAAAAUAUAAUGCACAUUUGAUGGACAUUAAUUGCUUAUUUGCUCAUUUAACGAACGUAUCAGUACAAAAAGAAGGCGAAGACUAUAAUAAUAUCCAUGGAGGUAAAUGGUCCACCGAAAAUCUAAAAUUGUACUUAACCAGUACACGAGGUGAAAAACGUACUCGUAAACUGUUCGACGACAUAUCAUUUAUAAUUGUGCACUCAUUGAAGGCUGCUCGUAGUGUCAUGUCUCACGAUACCCAUUGUUUCGAAUGCUAUGGCUAUGAUAUUAUUGUAGACGAAGACCUAAAACCUUGGUUGAUCGAAGUGAACUCUUCACCGUCACUCACGUGUACAACUUCCAGUGAUCACAUACUGAAAUCAAAUCUUAUAGAGAGCAUCUUGUCUGUUGUUUUGCCAUCAUCAGGAAUCCCAAAUUGCCGGUGGGAUAAAACUCCAUCACCAGAAUCACUAGUAAACUUUGAUGUUUUGAUCGAUGAACUGCUGUAA